ACAUCUAAUUAGUUCGCAGUAUCAGUGAACGUCGGAUUAAUUAUACUUCCCUAUAUAACCGUUGAAUUAAUCGAUCAAUACGGCACAUGGCGGAUUCGUGUUAUUAAUGUUCCAGUGAAAAAUUUACUGAUUGUUCAUACACAGUUGUACAGAUUGUUCAUUCUUUGAUAUUUUCUUGCAUCUUUACUGUUGAAUAAAUCAUCAAAACCAUGGAGAAAUCAGCCUUGGCACAAGAGAAGGUAUGGUUUGACAAGCCAUCCUAUGACAAAGCAGAACGUCUAUAUUUUGAAAGAAUGGCCAAGGUGGUGUCUCAUAAGAUUAUGGAAAGCUGCUCGCUUAAAUCUGAAGUUUCUGUAAUUAAUAACUGUCAGGAUAAUAUCAUCUUAAAUAGUAACACUUUGCCUAAAUCAAAGUCUGAGAAAUCAAAAGACAAUAAGCUAUUGAUUUCUGAAAAUAUUUCAAAUGAUCUAAAUAAUACUAAGUGUCAAAUAAAAACAUCAAAAGCAAAUAAUAAAGUAGAGGAUGAAGUGAAUAUACAAAAGAAAGAGAAUGUAGAAGAAAAACAAAAGUCUGAUAAUGCCAAAAAUGAUCUAAAAGAGAAAGAGAAAGAGAAGGAGAAGGAGAAGGAGAAGGAGAAGGAGAAAGAAAAAGAGACUAAUCCUUCAAAUGAUGUAUCCAAAAAGUAUAAUAUAAAAGAAGUAAAAGAGAAAAAGAAUAAAGCAGAUACCAGACAUAGAAAUAGAAAAGGAAAGAAUGAGACUAAAGAAGUAAAAGAAAAUGGUACACCAUUAAUAAGGAAUAAGCAGCAAUUACCUAUUCAGGGAAAUCAACAAACCACUAGUCCAAUUCUAUCUGCUGGUGGAAGUUUAGCCAAUGAGGUCGCCAAGGCUCGUCAACAUAUUAAACAGUCUUUACAGUGUAUGGAUGAUAUUGCAGCUGUUGCUGGUCUUACAACUCCAAAUGACAACAAAAAAGAUUCUGUAGAUCCUAAUAGUCUCUUCCAAGGACUGAAGAAUGCUGUUGAAAAAUUGGAGGAACGUGUCAGAGCACUUGAAGAUAAGAUUCACCCUCUUUUAUCUGUUGCACCAAUAGCAAUUUGUCCUGCUAAACCUGAACCAGCUUGUCCUGUUAAACUUGAAUCAGCUUGUCCUGUUAAACUUGAACCAGCUUCAAAACCAGCACAUGAAAAAGCUAAUGAUGAGGAGGAUGUUGAUUUCUUUGGUUCAGAUUCAGAGGGAGAAGAUGCAGAAGCUGCAAAAGUUAGGGGAGAAAGAUUGGCUGCAUAUGCCGCAAAGAAAGCUAAAAAACCAGCCCCGAUUGCCAAGUCAAAUAUAAUAUUGGAUGUGAAACCGUGGGAUGACGAAACAGACAUGAAAGCUAUGGAGGAGGAAGUACGAAAGAUCGAGAUCGAUGGUCUUUUAUGGGGAGCAUCAAAACUUGUUCCACUUGCUUUUGGAAUUCACAAACUUCAGAUUUCCUGUGUCGUAGAAGACGAUAAAGUUUCUGUGGAUUGGCUUACAGAAAAGAUUCAGGAAAUUGAGGAUUAUGUACAAAGCGUAGAUAUUGCAGCUUUUAAUAAAGUAUAAAAUAUUAACGAAGCUUCCUUCGUAGAAAAGUGACGGUUCUAAUUGCAAUCAGGCAUUGGUCUGUUGUGCCAUCUCUUCAUUCCACUAGCAAUAUCUAUUUCAAUAAAUACAUUACAUACGCGUUCUAUAUUAAUCGCGACUGC